AUUUUUGACGCUCUCUUCAUCGUUGUUUCGAUGUCGACGUUCCUGGUGGAUAUUGUCACAGAUGCCAUGGUUUCUGUUCAGUACUUCCGAGCCGGCAAUCGUGUGGAGUGGGGGUCGCUGACCUUGACCUUCAUCAUCGUGCCGUCGCUGGUGAUGCAGGUGUUCAGCACCAGGUGGUUCAUGGCAGAUGACAACAUGGGCGGGUGGGUCAGCUGGCUCAUACACUGUCUUCAGAUGGGGCCUAUCUACAGAUAUGUCCAGGCCCUACAGACGGGAUGGGAGGCCAGGAAGACCAACCAUCCCAUAGACUUCGAGCGGCUGUACCAGCAGCAGAGCGAUGUGUGCAUGCUGCGGCUGUUCGAGUCCUUCAUGGAGUCAGCACCCCAGCUCAUACUGCAGCUCUAUAUCAUGCUCAAGAUGGGGGAUGCCAACUUCCUCACUGGUACCUCAGCAGUUGUGUCCCUGAUCUCCCUGUCCUGGGCCAUUGCUGCCUACAGUAAGGCCAUGAGGCAGGUCAGGAAGGACAAGAAGAAGAUCACAUGGGGAGGGCUGUUCCUGCAGACGGUGUGGCGGAUCGGCAUGGUGUCGUCACGGGUACUGGCGCUGGCCAUGUUCGCAUCGGUCUACAAAGAGUGGAUCUGUGUUGUCAUUGGUGUACACUGGCUGUUGAUGACUGUGUGGGUGUACCUGCAGAAGACAGACUUCUGUGACACCUGGUGGGAGGAGAGGCUGUUCAAUGCUGUUGUAGGGGUCAUCUACUGCUUCUGUUUCUUCAACAUUAAGGUAGGUUCCUAG